AUCAGCACCUCCUUACACUUUUGCUUGUGCAGAUCGUGUACAACUGGCUGUUCGAAAUGACGCUUCGCUGGAUUCUGGAUUUGGGAGCCAAUGGCGAUAAGAAAAAGUUCCAGCAUCGCGUGCGGUUGCUGCGCAUCGGUGUAUUCAUGGUGAUGACCAUAGGCUUCCUGUACCAGGCAUCCAAAGUGGUUGAGGAGUACCUCAGCUUUCCCAGCGCCGUCGACGUUCGCAUCGAGGGCACCGAGGUGCUCCUCUUUCCUGGCCUCUCGGUCUGCGUCACCAACUGGAUUAGCAAGACCAAGCUCUGCGAGCACUACCAGGAGUUCUGCGACACCAACAACACUAACGUAGAAGAGCUGAAAAGACUGCUGCUAACCGGUGGCAACCUUGGAGACAUAGCUCACACCUCUGAAGAUGUUCUGCAAAUCGGCUUUGUUAACCCAACGCAGUAUUUCUUCGAGUUUUACCUGAGUCCAAACGUUACUCGACAAUCAUACUCCCGCCUGCCAAGCCAGAUGUGUUACACCAUGAAUUGGAGGCAUGACUCCAAGAUCGAUACCGUCCACCAAAACGUCCUGGCCUUCGAGAUGAACGUGCUCUUUGCCUGGCCCGAAGACGACCUCAUAGAAAUGGAUGAAUUCGAAAUGAACCUCGGCUUUCACCACGUUGACACAAACACAGCGGGAAAGAAGCACGCCAUGGCUUUCAAGCCCUCAGGCGACUUCGUCUUCGGAAUCGUGCAGGAAGGAGUCGUAUCUCUGCCUGCUCCCUUCGCCACCAAGUGUGACAACUACAGCCGGUACCUGCGCCUACCAAACUACAAAGUCCAGUACUCAAAAGAGAUAUGUUACGAAGAGUGCCGCAAGGAAAUAACGCGCGAAGUGUGUGGAUGUAUCCCAAAUGAUUACGCCUGGCGAAAUCACAUAAGUGAAAAAGUCUGCGACUUGGCCGAGACAAUUCACUGCGUUCACAAAGAUGGCCGAGCGAUGUACAGCGUGGUCUGCAAUGAACGCUGUCACACGGCGUGCAGGGAGACCAUCUAUAAGGCAACGCAGUCGGCAUGGAAACAAGAAACCAGCAUGUCUAUGGAGGGGCUCACGUACGUCAAAGUGCGAGCGCUGAUGACGUCGCGGAGCGUCGAAGCACUCCACUUCAUUCCUCUGUUAACGGGCACACAAGUGCUGGGCCUUGUGGGAGGCUACUCUGGGUUCUGGAUGGGCGUGGCGAUAGUGGUGGGUGCCACGGAAAGCGUGCGCGUGGUCUUCGACUUCUGCCGGCGACGCGUGCGAUCUCGGCUCCACAAGGCCGAGAUCAGCUUCCUGUUCCGCGUGUGCAAGAUGCUGAUGGUACAGGGCUGCUUCGUGGCGUGCGCGUUCAGCAUCUACGGGGACUACGAAAACUACCGGCACUACUACACGGCCGUCACCUACGAGCAGCAAAACAUCCGCGGCGUCUUCUUCCCCGCUGUGACCAUCUGCUCAUACGAAGCGGUGAAUUUCACUAGGAUGUGUGCAGAGUACGGAAGGUACAACAAAUGCGUCGCUGCUACUUUUGAUACAACUGUAGGCAACGAUAUCAUCGCCAUGAAGUACGUGAUCAACUACACCUAUCCUCCGGCUGACGUCUUUUCGAAUUGCACCAUGACAUUCUCCGGAGAGAUAUGUGAAAGCUUCAAAUGUGACAACCUCUGGGAUCCCACAUAUACAUUUGUGAAGACUGGCGUCUGCUUCAUCCUUAACAUCGGAAGGUCACCGGAACUUCAGAGAUGUCGAGAGCAGUACAAAUACCGGCUCAACUUCCGCGUUCGCGCGGAUACCAAGGAUCCUCGGAACGAGAACAUGGCCUUCUCGGCGUUGCUGCACGGUACCAGCAGCUACACUUCGGGAAUCAUCCACACCUUCCGCUUUCAGGCGGGUCGCAAAUACACGAUCUCUGUCGCUCAGACAGAGCUGGUCUCGUUGCCGCUACCAUAUGAGACCCGUUGCAUCGACUACGUCGCUACCGCGGAUGAAUCUCUGUAUGAUGAGAAAGAGAUUCAAGAAGAGGAGUGCAGCGAGUUCUGCGUGGCGCAAAGGUGGAUAGCGACAUGUGGCUGCUUUUCCAAAAUGUACGCCGUCAAGCAUCGCAUGAAAGGAACAGUGUGCGAAUACGUGCCACAUAUGCGUUGCAUCGACGAACUGAUCCGUCAGAAGUGGUUCAUGUCCUGCCAAAACAUCUGCACCCGAGGAUGCAAAGACACUCGUUAUAGAGGUCUGAUGUUCCAAACCGGAUUCAUCACGGAUUACGUAAGAUACGAAAACCUCGAGGCAGACCUCACGGUAGUCCUCGGCUCUACGAAGCGCAAGAUUGUGAGCAACCUGCCAAGAAUGACGAUGGCUGACUUCCUGCUGUACCUUUCCGGUCAUGUGAGCAUGUGGUUGGGCGUGUCGCUCAUCGCUGCGGGCCCCCUAGUCGUCGAGGGCGUCAAGUAUGUGCAGCGACUGUUCGACGCAUUCGCCACCUCCAUGGGCCUCGUCGUAGACUAGUCACGAAUAAUGUAUAGCGCGCGGACCUGUUGCCCACGCCUGGACGGCUAUUGUUGCGGAAUCGUCCCGCCGCAACGACACAGAGCCGGCCUCCUUCUAACAAAACAUACAGAUAAAAGACAAAUACGGCAAUAAACGCUUUAUUGAUUUA